AUGUCUUCAGGAAAUGCCAAUAUUGGGCAUCCUGCCCCCAACUUCAAAGCCACGGCUGUUAUGCCACAUGGCCAGUUCAAAGACCUCAGCCUAUCUGACUACAAAGGAAAAUACAUUGUGUUCUUUUACCCUCUUGACUUCACCUCUGUCUGCCCCACGGAGAUCAUUGCUUUCAGUGACAGGGCAGAGGAAUUUAAGAAACUCAACUGUCAAGUGAUUGGUGCUUCCGUGGAUUCUCAUUUCUGUCACCUGGCAUGGAUCAACACACCCAAGAAACAAGGAGGACUGGGACCCGUGAACAUUCCCUUGGUAUCAGACCCCAAGCGCACCAUUGCUCAGGACUAUGGAGUCUUAAAGGCUGAUGAAGGCAUCUCAUUCAGGGGCCUCUUUAUCAUUGAUGAUAAAGGUAUCCUUAGGCAGAUCACGGUAAAUGACCUUCCUGUCAGCCGCUCUGUGGAUGAGACUCUGCAACUGGUUCAGGCCUUCCAGUUUACUGACAAGCAUGGGGAAGUGUGCCCAGCUGGCUGGAAGCUUGGCAGUGAUACCAUCAAACCUGAUGUCCAGAAGAGCAAAGAAUAUUUCUCUAAGCAAAAGUGA